AUGAGUUUCUUCCAAGAAGCCUAUCAAGUCUCGAUUGGACAGGGCCAAUUUAGCGCGAUAACGGGAAACCAGGCAAAUAACACCUACAAUCACUAUAUUAUCGAACGGCAGAAGAAGAAACGAGGGAAAUAUGAUGAGUUCCCUAACAUCCAACGGGGACGUGUCCGCCGAAUCAAGGACCUUGAUCACAAAGAAUCCUACGGUUUUUUUAAUUCCAGGUUACAAAAAUAUGAAGAGUUCAGAGUCGAAAGAACCAUCAGCACCGCCAAAAUCCAUGGUGACAGCUCAAGCUCAAGUUUUACAGUGGUGUCGUAUAAAGGGCAGGAUGCGCAAAAGGCAUGGAAAAAGGAAUUUCGAGAGUUUUCUGAAGCUACGAAUACAACAAAGAUGCAACUGUUCGGAAUUAACAGGUCGAGUGUGCCUUUGCUGGUAUUUCAUGGAGAACUUGUGCCUCUCUACCAUUUCUUGGGCGGGCUUGGAGUGCUUGGGCAAGGUUAUGCCCACACAUUGGCUUCAAACGUUUGCUGUGAGUCUGAGGCGUGGAUAGAUCUCGCGCAAGGAACUUUGAUUCGUGGAGUGGAGGGGCACGCGCGCCAUCUAUAUUAUUUCAAGUUCAAAACUGUUGGGACGCUGCCAUCGAGCGCCUCGGAGUUUCUCGACGAAGACGUUUGCUUUCGCUACAUGUCACGGUUGUCAUUGGUCAAGAAGUUCGACAGAGAGGUCAUUGACCGGUUGUCAUGGGGCCGCCUUAAUCAGGAGUUCGUGCCAACUGUAUCUCCAAUUAUCAAUCGACCCUACAUCCUUUCCACUAAGACGAAUUCCAUAAUCGCAGUCGGAAGUGCAGUCUGGUUGGCACGCGGGCCACUCGGCCUUCGCGACCGAGUAUUGAUGCCAGAUGGAAGAACAAGAUUCACUCUUCCAGCCCAAAUUGGCAUAGGGACCUUUUCUUUAUCCGCCUACGAGUGGCAUUCUCGGGUUGCGUGGCACUCGCACGCUUCGAGUGUCUUUAACAGACUCGGAAUCCCGUUGGAUGACGAUUUGUCGUCUUACGAGCUAAUCCUGCCAUCGGAGCCUUUGUGCGGAUCAGUUAGAUACAAUUCAGAACAACGCCCAACCAUAUACUUGUUCGUCCCUAUUUGUCUGCCAUUCGAACUUGAACUCGACACCCACACCUGGUCUUUCGACGAAAACGGACGAACACCCAUCCCGCGCCAUCAUUGUAAAGACCUUGGUCUACCCACCAAGCUUGAAAGACAUGGCGUCAAGAGCAAGAUAUUUUCCUGGCCUAGCGAGACGUACAAAACCAUCCACAAAUGGCAGACUGCAAGAGGUUUUGAUCCAACCACCACUGACUUCGCGCAUUACCUCGGAUAUGGGCCUGCCACAUGGGAAGUCAUGCCAUCAGAAUCAAGCCGGUUUGAAGAACUGUGUGCCGCAGGCCCCUCCGAAGGAUCAACUUUUGCGGAGAGUCCAUGCAAGAAUGAUCAAGGUCAAUCCAUGAUUGGUUCAAUUUGGUCAGCAAUCACAGCUCCCCUCACUUACGCCGCCGAUGAAGACUCGAAUAUUUCGGCGGCAUUGAUGUAA